CACCAGCGCCAAGCUGAGCGACAAGACCCGCUACGACUACUUCGCCCGCACAGUCCCCCCGGACUUCUACCAGGCCAAGGCCAUGGCGGAGAUCCUGCGCUACUUCAACUGGACCUACGUGUCCACCGUGGCCUCGGAGGGCGACUACGGCGAGACGGGCAUCGACGCCUUCCAGCAGGAGGCCCGUGCCCGGCAGAUCUGCAUCGCCACGUCCGCCAAGGUCAGCCGCUCCAUGAGCCGCUGGAGCUACGAGGGGGUCAUCCGCUCGCUGCAGCAGAAGUCCAACGCCAAGGUGGUCAUCCUGUUCACCCGCAGCGAGGAUGCCAGGGAGCUGCUGGUGGCGGCCAACCGCAUGAACGUGAGCUUCAUCUGGGUGGCGAGCGACGGCUGGGGGGCGCAGGAGAGCGUGGUGAGAGGUAGCGAGGCGGUGGCCGACGGGGCCUUCACCAUCGAGCUGGCGUCUUACCCCAUCCCUCAGUUCAACGACUACUUCACCAGCCUCAACCCCUACAACAACACUCGCAACCCCUGGUUCAGGGAAUUCUGGGAGAACCGCUUCCAGUGCAGCCUGCACGACCUGGGCUGUGGCAAGCACUCGCUGAAGGAUGGCCUGUUUGAACCCGAGUCCAAGAUCAUGUUUGUGGUGAACGCAGUGUACGCCAUGGCCCAUGCCCUCCACAACAUGAGACAAGCGCUCUGCCCCAACUCCACCAAGGUGUGUGAGGCACUGAAACCUGGAAACGGACGCAAGUUCUACAGAGACUUCAUCCUGAAGGCUAAGUUCGACGCACCCUUCCGCCCUGCCGACACGGAAAACGUUGUUCGUUUCGACGGCUUCGGUGACAGUCUGGGCCGGUACAACAUCUUCCACUACCACCGAGAAGACAGCCGCUUUGUCUAUCGCAAGGUGGGCUACUGGGCCCAGAUCCUGACCCUGAACACCAGCCUAAUACCCUGGGUGGGAACAGGGCUGCCCACCUCCCAGUGCAGCGACCCAUGCCGGAAGAACGAGGUAAAGAGCAUGCAGCCCGGAGAGGUGUGCUGCUGGAUCUGCAUCCCCUGCCAGUCCUACCAGUACCUGCUGGACGAGUUCACCUGCGCCGACUGCAGCUUCGGUCAGUGGCCCCUGGCCAACCUGACGGGCUGCUACAACCUGCCGGAAGAGUACAUACGCUGGGAGGACGCCUGGGCGAUCGGGCCGGUCAUCAUCUCCUGCCUGGGCAUGCUCUGCACGCUCUUCAUCAUCGGCCUCUUCCUCAAACACAACGAGACUCCCGUGGUGAAAGCCAGCGGGCGCGAGCUCUCCUACAUCCUACUGCUGGGGGUGCUCAUGUGCUACAGCAUGACCUUCAUCUACAUCGCCAAGCCGUCCGCGGCCGUGUGCACGCUGCGCCGCCUGGGCCUGGGCACCUCCUUCGCCGUGUGCUACUCCGCUCUCCUCACCAAGACCAACCGCAUCGCCCGCAUCUUCAGCGGGGUGAAGGACGGAGCCCAGCGGCCCAGGCUCAUCAGCCCCGCCUCCCAGGUGGCCAUCUGCGGGGCGCUGAUCUCCUGCCAGCUGGUGGUGGUGGUGGUGUGGCUCCUGGUGGAGGCUCCGGGCGUCCGGAAGGAGGUGAGCCCCGAGAGGAGGGACGUGGUCACGCUCAAAUGCAACAGCAAGGACUCCAGCAUGCUGCUGUCGCUCACCUACAACUGCAUCCUCAUCAUCCUCUGCACCGUCUACGCCUUCAAGACCAGGAAGUGUCCGGAGAACUUCAACGAGGCCAAGUUCAUCGGGUUCACCAUGUACACCACCUGCAUCAUCUGGCUGGCCUUCCAGCCCAUCUUCUACGUGACCGCCAGCGACUACAGGGUGCAGACCACCACCAUGUGUAUCUCGGUCAGCCUAAGUGGCUCAGUGGUGCUGGGCUGCCUGUUCACCCCCAAGGUCCACAUCAUCCUGUUCCAGCCCCAGAAGAACAUCACCACCCUCAGGGUGCCCACCACUCGUUUCAGCGUCACCACCGGCCCCGGUUCCAGCUUCUCUCAAGUGUCGGCUGCCAACAUUGUGCCAACGGUGUGUAACGGCCGGGAGGUGGUGGACUCCACCACUUCCUCCUUAUGAGCAGGAAGGAGGCUCCGCCUGUCAAGCGUGGUACACUUCCACUGAGCUCUAUAAUCACUAGUCAAGAAUCAGGUGUUUCAGAUAUUAGGAGGUCACACAGAACACCGUCCUGAUUCCGUGGUCCUCUGAGUGCUGUGAGUACAAUGUCCCGAUUCUAGUUUUUUUGUUCUCUGACUAGUAGUGGUUUUGAAAAAGAGAUGCCAAUUAAAAUUCAGUAUAGCCUUUUUUAUUGACCAUUCUACUUGCGACAUGGAUUAAAUAAUAGUAAAUCUGUUAAAUGUAAUAUAUACAAGAUGUUUUUCAUGUAGAUUUUGGUGAACCGGUUUGUGUUUUUCUUGUAAUUAUUGUAAAUAAAAUGUGUUUUUUAUUAAUAUGG